AAAUCCGUCAUACUAGAUGGUUUGUUUCCUGCAGGAUUAGACUGAUCCGAAGCUCUACACGUGAAUAAGGGAAUCUAUUUCAUAAUUUCUAGAUAUGACAGUAAGAAACGGUGGUUUCCCUGGAGAUUAUUGUUUUGAGACACCCGGUGGAGAUUACGAUGAAGGAUCUGAUAGCCCUAGUGCCUCUGAGGGUUCUAAUUGUUCCAAAAGAAAGCUCGGCGGGUUCAACUAUACUGACCGUGAUACUUUUGGCGUCUCGAAAAUGGUAUUACCUUUGUCUGGCCUUUCAUCAUCAGAUAGGAAGGAGUUGAUUCUUAGGCUAAGACAAGAGCUGGAACAGAUAAGGUUUUUCCAGAAGAAUUUCGAGAUAUCUAGAUCAGUGACUCUCACUAGUUCUUCUGCAAGUGGUUUGACUCGAGCCAAGAGUUUUGGAAAGUCGCGAUGCUCCACGGGUCCAGGGAAGACUGUGAAUCCUCUAAGUGCUGCUGCUAAACCGACUCCUGUCACUACUGCGGUUAUGCUUCUGAUGAAGCAAUGUGAGGCGCUCUUAAAACGAUUGAUGUCACAUCAGUAUGGUUGGGUUUUCAAUACUCCAGUGGAUGUUGUCAAGCUCAAUAUACUGGACUAUUUUAAUGUUAUUAAGCAUCCAAUGGAUUUGGGAACUGUGAAGAAUAAGUUAACUUCGGGUACUUAUUCCUGUCCGUCAGAGUUUGCUGCUGAUGUUCGGCUUACCUUCAGCAAUGCAAUGACGUAUAAUCCACCUAAAAAUGAUGUUUACGUCAUGGCUGAUACACUUCGCAAGUUUUUCGAAGUGAGGUGGAAGACCCUCGAGAAGAAAUUAUCUGGAAUUAAAGUUCAUACCGAACCGAGUAACUCAGAUGCCCACGAGGAAAAACAUAUUGUAAUACCUGUGCCUAUGGCUAAGAAGAGGAAGACAAGUGCAGUAGACUGUGAGAACGUCUCAGAGCCUGUCAAACGGGUUAUGACUGAUGGGGAUAGACUCAAGCUCGGCAAGGAUUUGGAGUCCUUGACUGAGUUCCCGGCACAAUUAAUAAAUUUCUUGAGAGACCACAACUCAAAUGAAGGGGGGAUUGGUGAUGAUGAGAUUGAGAUUGACAUUAAUGAUCUCAGUCACCAUGCCUUGUUUCAGUUGCGGGAUCUCUUAGACGAGCAUUUGCGUGAGAGCCAAAACAAAAAAUCAAGUGUUGAACCCUGUGAGAUAGAUCUUCUGCAUGGAUCAGUGCCAGGGAAUUCAUUAAUGCAACAUUGUGAUGGGAGUGAAUUGGAUGAUGAGGUUGUUGACAUUGGUGAAAAUGAACACCCAAAAUCAAGCAUUUCUCCUGUCACGAUAGAGAAGGAUCUGGUGUUAGGAAACUCUAAUGGUAAUAGCUUGGAAAGUGUGUCGGGUGAUCCUAAAAUGUCAAGUUUACCAAGGACAUCAAAGGGGCAUGGUACCAUGGAUCUUGAACCUAUGUUGGAUGGAGCUACAAGCGCUUCCCCAACAAGAGGAUCAUCUGUUGGUGGAUUGGAUCAGCUGGAAAGUGCAUCUCCGGAGAAAAUAAGUUCUGUUGAGGCGGAUUGUCAGCAAGAUGGAAAUAGUGCUCAGACUGAGAAGCAACUACCUCCUGAAAAGAUCUACAGGGCUGCUUUUUUGAAGAAUCGAUUUGCAGACAUAAUUUUGAAAGCCCGAGAGAAACCUCUUAACCAGAAUGACACGCGAGACCCAGAGAAGCUCCAGCGUGAGAGAGAAGAACUCGAGCUUCAAAAGAAGAAAGAGAAAGCGCGAUUACAAGCAGAAGCCAAGGCAGCUGAAGAAGCUCGUAGAAAAGCUGAGGCACAAGCUGCAGCUGAAGCUGCGGCUGAGGCUAAGAGAAAGCUGGAGCUUGAAAGAGAAGCAGCGCGCCAGGCAUUGAUGGAGAUGGAACAGUCGGUUGAACUCAACGAGAACGCAAAAUUUCUCAAGGAUCUAGAACUGCUCAAAACAGUCGACACAGACCAUUUGACAGAUGCAAUAGAGGAGGAUGGGCCUGAUGUGUCGCAUGAUGGGUUACGUAGUUUCAGUUUUGGGGGUAGUAAUCCUCUGGAGCAGCUUGGGCUAUUUAUGAAACAGGAUGAGGAUGAUGAGGAAGCUGAUCCGCUCACUUCGCCAGCCCCUGGAAUUGAUAUAGAAGAGGGAGAGAUUGAUUGAGCUUGUGUGCAGAUCCACAAAGUCAAACAAUAGAAUUAUCUGAAUUCU